AUGUCAGCAGGGAAGAUGGUGGAUAUGAAAUCACUGCGGAAUGGCCAGAGGGCUGAUGGUCCAGCAACCAUCUUGGCUAUCGUAACUGCUACUCCUCCCAACGCAAUUGAGCAGAGCUCUUACCCUGACUAUUACUUCCGUAUCAUCAACAGCGACCACAUGACCGACCUGAAGGAGAAGUUCAGGAGAAUAUGCGUGAAGUCGACGAUAAAGAAGAGGUAUAUGUAUCUCACAGAAGAGAUACUCAAGGAAAAUCCCAAUGUGUGCGCUUACAUGGCGCCCUCAUUGGAUGCUCGGCAGGACAUGGCGGUGGUGGAGGUGCCGAGGCUGGGAAAAGAGGCGGCUGUCAAGGCCAUUAAGGAGUGGGGUCAGCCCAAGUCUAAGAUCACCCAUCUAAUUUUCUGCUCCUCUAGCGGAAUCGACAUGCCUGGCGCUGACUAUCAACUCUGCAAGCUUCUCGGCCUCCCCUCUGUCAAAACGGGGUCAACACCCUCCUCUGUGAAGAGAGUGAUGUUGUAUGAACAAAGCUGCUUUGCCGGAGGUACGGUUCUGAGAGUAGCCAAGGACCUCGCCGAGAACAACCGUGGAGCCCGAGUUCUGGUCGUCUGCAGCGAGAUCACGACCAUCACUUUUCGUGGCCCAUCCGACACUCAUUUCGCUAAUCUGAUCGGGCAGGCCCUUUUUGGCGACGGCGCGGCAGCGGUUAUCAUUGGAGCAGAUCCCAUGUAUCAAAUAGAGAAGCCCUGUUUCCAGCUCCUCUGGACUGCUCAGAUAAUUAUCCCCGACAGCGAAGGCGCUAUCGAGGGUCACUUUAAGGAGGUCGGGCUCAACUUCCACCUUAGGCAGGACGUGCCGGGGCUGAUCUCGAACAAUAUCGAAAAGGCUCUGGUAGAAGCCUUCCAGCAGUUUAACAUCUCGGACUGGAACGAACUCUUCUGGAUUGCACACCCGGGUGGGCGGGCAAUUCUUGAUCAAGUGGAGGCCAAACUCCAAUUGGAUCCUGAAAGAAUGAGGGCUACUAGACACGUAUUGAGUGAGUAUGGCAGCAUGUCAAGCGCCUGCGUGCUCUUCAUAUUGAAUGAAAUGAGGAACUCGUCCGCAGAAAAGGGAUGUAUGACAACGGGAGGAGGAUUGGAGAUGGGUGUGCUCUUUGGAUUCGGCCCCGGAAUCACCGUGGAGGCCGUGGUUCUCAAGAGCGUUCCUAUCUUGUUAUAA